AGAUUUACUGAUAUUUUUUGUUAUCUUUUACAAAGAAUCGUGAGAAAUCAGUCAACCAUAACUGAUGAUCAAAGCUCACAAGAGAGAAUUGUAAACAAUAUUAUUACGAAAUUUCAGAAUGUCAGGAAAAUCAAAUAAGUCACCUUACCAAACACCUGGGUACCCUACCCAAGGUUAUCCCACUGCUGGAUACCCUACACAACAAUAUCAGCAAGGGCCACCAGGAUACACUAGUAGUUUUGUUCAUGGCUCACCAGCACCAGGAAUGACAGUAACUCACAUGGCACAGUCUUAUCAGUCACCUGGAGCCUAUGGUGCACCACCCCAGGGACCACCACCACCCUAUUCUUACGCACCCCCACAACAAGGAGGUUAUCCAAUACAAAAUCCACAACCAUUCGUAGCCAAUAAUGUCUUUGAUUCAGGUGCCAGAUUUGAUGGAAUAGCACAACCAAAUAUACCUCCCCCUCCUCCAGGAUAUGCACCUAAUGCCGCCCAAUAUGCCCAGAUGCAGGGGCAGACUGUAAUAGGAACACAACAACGGAGUAACUUCUGGACUGGAGGGAACGGUGGUGGAUACACACUCGGAGGACUCUAAUUUUGUUACUGUGUAACCCAUUAUCAGUUCACAGCAAUGUCAAAUCUUCAGCAUUCUAAGGACUGCAUGAAAUGAAUAUUAGUUUUUUUUUUAUAGGUGAUUGGAAAUUUAAAAUGCCAAAGCUUCUUUUAGACAUUUAGGUAGAUUGAACUGUUGUGUUAUUCAACAUAUAUGUGUGUAUUUUUAGGGUAUAUUGGAAUAUUUGUCAGUCUGAUUGAGAUACAGAUAAUAUGUCCAUGCUUUGCUAACAAGGAUUUGCCUGCAAUGUGUUCUAACUUCUAUUUUUAAGAACUUUCAUGAUCAGGAUUCGCAGGUUUUGUUACAUUGAUAACACCUUCAAAAAUCUGAAGUCUGGAAUUUCAUUGACUGAUGUUAUAAUUACCAGAACAGAAAUUAGAAUGGAACGUUGCCAGAUCCUUGAAAACAGAGCAUGGACACAUGAUUUUGAUGAGAUCAGUAUUUUAAUCUGAUGGAAUAUUUGUAUGAUCAUACACUAAACAUAUCUGAAAUUUUUUUAGUAAAACUUGCAUUUUGCAGUACCAAAAUUAAAAAAAUUGAAAAAAUUACAUUGAAAGCAAGAAAUGGUAUUUCACCCAUUUAAUCACAUUGAAAUGUAUCCACUAUUAUAUAGUUUUAUUAUAUCUUUUCUUUAAUAUGUUAAAAAUAUUUUUUAUAGUUAUUUUUUUGUCAAACAUGACAUAGUAAACAGAGUUUUUUUUAAAGUGCCUGUUGUUGCAAUUUUUGUUGUUUAAGGUCAUAGAAUAAAUGUUCUAUCUUUGAAAUCAAAGUUUAAUUUUUUGUAAAUAUAUGUAUCUGCUAUUUAAGAUACUUUUGAUGUCUUUAUUGUAUAUAUUAAUUAUUGUUGAUUUAUUGUAUAUUUUAAUUGUUACUGUUUUCUGUGAUAUAAAUAAUUUUUCAAUAAAGUUGCAGAAAAUUC